AUGGGGAUCAUGUAUGGAGAUGGAGACCGGCUCGGACCCGCACGGAGGGAUUGCAUGUGUUACCUGGGACCACCGACCACCUUGAUGCCCAUCGGGAUGCGCAGGUCGCCCGAGGUGAGUCCCAGAAGGCUGUCCGACAUCAGCCCACAACUUCGUCAGCUCAAGUACCUGGUGGUGGAUGAAUCGAUUAAAGAGGACCUGAAGUCGUCUAGAUCUGUGGAAGAUAUCAGCAGCGCGUCCAUCGAGGAGAGAAUCUUGAGAAUCACAGGCUAUUAUGGGUACCAGCCGUGGAAUGCCGUUUAUAAGAGUGAAGAUCGGCUGCGGGAGAACGUUGUGGGCACUGCCGAUGGACAGGCGAUUGUGGCCGGAGCAGGGGCGGAGUCAGGAACUGGGAGGCAGAGAUUACGCUGCUGUGUACGCAUAACAGCCAUCCAGGUGCGAAAGGCAAUAUGGGGUGUAGCCAUGGUGAUGUGCGUAUGUACGUCUUGGGCAGGCUCUACCCAGCUGGCCAAGCUCACCUUCAAGCAGUAUGAUGCACCAUUCACUCUAACGUGGUUCGCCACCACGUGGAACUGUCUCUUCUUUCCUCUGUAUUACAUCGGCUACCUGUGCAAGAGUCCAGAGAGACAGACGCCAAAACAGAGGUUCAGAGAGUGCUGUCGGUUCUUUGGGGAUGAUGGACUGACGACAAAGGUGUUCUUUACUAAAGUGGCCCCCUUUGGGCUGCUGUGGAUCCUGACAAACUACCUGUACCUGCAGGCUCUGAGGAAGAUCAACACCACUGAUGUAUCUGCUCUAUUCUGUUGCAAUAAAGCCUUUGUUUUUCUCCUCUCCUGGAUUGUGCUGCGGGAUCGCUUCAUGGGCGUCAGGAUUGUUGCUGCCAUUCUGGCCAUAGCUGGAAUAGUGAUGCUGACCUACGCCGAUGGGUUUCACAGUCAUUCAGUUAUUGGCAUCACAUUUGUAGUGGCCUCUGCAUCCGCCUCUGCACUGUACAAGGUGCUCUUCAAGCUUGUUUUGGGCAGUGCCAAGUUUGGAGAGGCCGCUCUGUUUCUGACAAUUGUCGGAGGUGCAAACUUUGUCUUACUGAGCUUUGUGCCAGUUAUACUGUACUUCACACAUGUUGAAUACUUCACAUCCAUAGAGGAUCUGCCUUGGGCCUACAUUUGUGGAGUAGCUGGACUUUUGCUAGCAUUCAAUAUUCUGGUGAACUUUGGAAUUGCCAUCACAUACCCAACGCUGAUUUCACUUGGCAUUGUGCUGAGUGUCCCAGUCAAUGCGAUGGUGGACCUGUACACUUGUGAUAUCCACUUCAACACGGUGCGACUCAUCGCUGUGUUCAUCAUCUGUCUUGGCUUCCUGAUGCUGCUGUUACCAGAGGACUGGGAUCAGUGUCUGAUCAAGCUUGUCACCAAACUCAGAAAGCGUGAACAACCUGCAGAGCCGGUCGAGACUGGAACCAGCUCAGGACUGAACUGGACCCGACGAGCGAGGACCUCCAUGUCCACGUUUUCACACUAAUACAAACUCCCAUUCUCCCAUUCAAGUAACUGGAGGAUGUUUGGAAUAUGUGCACAAGAGCAUUCGUUCUGUGAUGUUCUUCGGUCAGUGAGACGUUGUGGCCAAAAACGCAUUUUAAGAGCUGAUUUCCAAUAGCAAACCAUAUCAGGUGGAUUCUGACUACUGUUAGUGGAUGUGAAAAAUUCCUUUGGUCCAUUAUGGGAAACUCAAGUUGAUCGAUAUCUUGACUAAUAUCUCCACAUAACAGAUUCCUUGCAGAUCUGGAGAUGGUUUCACUUCCCUCAGAGAAAAAUAUCUGUCACUUUACUGCUCUUAAAGGAAUAGUCUACCUAAAAAGAAAAAUCCUGUCAUCAUUUACUAUACACACCCUCAUGUUGUUCCAAAUCUGUAUGAUUUUCUUUGUUCUGUAGAACAUUAAAGGAGAAGUUAAGCAGGAUGUCUGAGCAGCUCUCUUUUUACAAACAAAUUGAAUGGGACCCAGUGUCUGUCAAACUCCAUAAGGUCAAAAAAGCUCCAUGAAAUUUGUCCAUACGACUUGUGCGCUGUAUUCCAAGUCUUCUAAAGCCAUGCGAUAGCUUUCUGUGAGAAUCAGACCCAAAUUUAAGUUGUUAUUCACCUAUAAUCUCCUCCUACUUUGGGAUUUUAACUUCUGCGACAGGCUCAUUGAAUCAGAGUUGAAGUCAAGACUUACAGAAAAUAACGGCUUAAAUUUCAGUCUGUUCUUUACACAAAGCUAUCAUAUCUAUUUAGAAGACUGGUAUGGGCACCUUUAAUUAUACUUCUUAUGGUCCUUUUUUGACAUUUUGGAGCUUGACAGCCCCAGUCCUCAUUCACUUUCAUUAUAUGGAAAGAGUAGUCAGGAUAUCUUUUACAAAUUUCUCCUUUUGUGUUUUAUGAAAGUUGUCACACAGGUUUGGAUCGUCUUGAAGGCGAGUAACAAAUGACUCUUACUGGCAAGAUUCACUGCUGGUGCCCAUUAGAACAUGUGCCAAACAUUGCAACAGAUAUUAUGAGCUGAAACUUGUGCUUCUUUCUCAUACAACAAAGUUCUACCUUCCUAUGGGCGUGUCUGAGAUGCAGAGGAAUUUGCCUCCCAAACUGUGAAUGAAGAUAUUUUUUGAACUGAUGUUGGUUAACAGCAAUGCCCACGGUCUCCUAAAGGAAUUCCAGACUGUUUACACUGAGGAAAUUUCUCCAGGACAUUUUUUUCUUAAUCACAUACUAACCACUGUGAGGACAAUUCAGGGUCAGUAUUGGCAAACCUAAAAGGCAUUUUUCAGCUAGAUGUGAUUGUAUGACAUUUUCUGAAAAGUGCAGCUAUACUUUGUGCUUCGCAAAGGUGGUGACCAGAACUGCAGCUCCACCUUUACCUACACAAAAUGCACAUUCUGCACUUCAUAAGACUCAAGUCACUUUUCUCAAACACAAGCUCUCAAUAUUAUUUUUUUUAUUAUUUUUUAUUAUUGUCUAAAUCUGAUGGACUGAUCCAUUUGAAAGGGAAUUAGAUCUACAGCAUGCAGAAAACGCCAAUAAACGUUAGCUUACGGCUUCACUUUGAUUUGCAGUAGGAUCUCAUCAGCACUGUCUCCAAUUGUCAUUAUGAUGACAAUAAAUAUAAUAUUGUAUUCCUCUGGAAUUAUUGCUAGACAUUAUUGUAAACCUUUGUAAGGAAUUAUUUUUUUUUACACUGAAAUGCAUUAUGAUCACAUUUGAGGACAAUGACCCCAAAACAAA